UAAGCGCAUGCGCAGCGUUGAAUCAAUCUCGUUGACUUCAGUGCAAGGUCAUUAUACUAGAAAGAUGGCUUCUCGCCUGUUUCUCAAAGUCAACCGACUCGCUUUUGCUUUAUCGCAGAAUAUUUUCAAGACUCCAGUUCAGCACCUGUCCAGUGAGGUAAGAAAAGUUACUUUAAUUCCUGGAGAUGGUAUUGGUCCAGAAAUCUCUGCAGCUGUCCAAGAGAUAUUUGCUGCUGCUAAGGUGCCCGUAGAAUGGGAUACUGUUGAUGUUACCCCAGUGAAGGGUCCAGAUGGAAAAUUCCGUCUUCCACAGAAAGUAUUUGAAUCAAUGGCUGAAACUAAAUGUGGCCUGAAGGGACCUCUUGCUACCCCAGUCGGUAAAGGACAUCAAUCCCUCAACUUAGCAUUGAGAAAAGCUUUCAGUUUGUAUGCUAAUGUUCGCCCAUGUAAAUCUAUAGUUGGUUAUGAAACACCCUAUGAAGAUGUUAACUUGGUCACAAUUCGGGAGAACACUGAAGGAGAAUACAGUGGAAUUGAACAUAUUAUUGUGGAUGGAGUUGUCCAAAGUAUUAAACUCAUCACAGAAGCAGCAUCCCUUCGUGUCGCAGAGUAUGCCUUUGAGUAUGCUCGCAAAAACAGCAGAGCUACUGUUACUGCAGUUCACAAGGCUAAUAUCAUGAAGAUGUCUGAUGGUUUGUUUCUCAGAUGUUGUCGAGAAGUUGCCGAACGAAACAGAGACAUCAAAUUUAAAGAGUCAUAUUUAGAUACUGUUUGUCUUAAUAUGGUACAAGAUCCUUCUCAAUUUGAUGUCUUGGUCAUGCCAAACCUUUAUGGUGACAUCUUAAGUGAUUUGUGUGCUGGCCUCAUUGGUGGUUUGGGAGUUACUCCAAGUGGAAAUAUAGGAGAAGAGGGAGCCAUAUUUGAAUCGGUACAUGGCACAGCUCCCGAUAUUGCAGGUUUAGAUAUGGCUAAUCCAACUGCACUCUUGCUUAGUGCUGUUAUGAUGCUACGUCACAUGGGUCUCAUGGAUUUUGCUGCCAACAUAGAAAAUAGUGUAUUAUCUGUAAUAAAGGAAGGCAAAUAUCUCACCAAAGAUCUUGGAGGAAAUUCUAAAUGUUCAGAAUACACAAAGGAAAUUUGCUCAAGGCUUUGACCAAGAUUUUCUAUUAGCAGUUUCCAUGCUUAGUGUACCAUGUAACUAAUUUAUGUAUUUUUUUGUCUUGUGUUUAAUACUACUGCUUUUGUUAAAAGAACCUGAAGACUGACAAAUCUGUCUCUCCAAAAUAUCUUCCUUUCUUGUCAUAUAUUCUAAUUUACAUCAUUCCCAUCCUCGUGCAUUAAAAUUCAAGAGAAACCAGUAUCUUUUUGGUAAAGCAUUACUCCUUUUUAUAUAAGCUAAGAUAGCGUUCCUUCACAGAGAGAUGGGAUUUCUGUACAUUUUGUACCUAACUAAUUAAGCCAUGCUUUUCAUUCUCUAACAUAUAUUUUAGUUUCUUAAAAGUAGAGAACCAAAGGGAAAUGUUUUCUGCUCUGCUGUUUGUAUAUAUGAGGUGCAUUCCAGAAGCUUUGAGACUUUUUCAGGAAAGACAUUAAUUUCAAAGAAAUACAAAACUCUCAUCUCCUUCAAAGUAGGAUCCUGUAAUUUUAAUGCACAUGUUGUAGCGCUCCAGCUACUUUGUUAAAGGUCCCAUAGAAGUCCUGAAAGUGAAGGUGUCUAGGACCCAUGUCACAGAAUCCAUCUUCUCAGUGUCUUCAACAUGACUAUCCCUGAGGUUCUCUUUCUGCUUGGGGAACAACCAAAAGUUACAGGGAACAAGGUUUGGACUGUAGGGAGGCUGAGGGGCAGUUUUGAUGCCCAUCUUUGUCAAUUAGUUGAUUACCAGGAUGGAGUUGUGACAAGCAAUGUUUAGUAGGGUGUGAUCAAAGUGAUGUUGCAACUGUCUCCAUAAACCUUAAAUAAAAAAAAAUUUGGCAGGUCAGCUUAUUAGAUGUAUAGUAAUUACAGUAAUUUAUGACAGUUAUAACUGUAUCUCCUGAAAAAAGUCUAAAAACUUCUGGAAUGGCCUGUGUAUCCUGCACGUGUAACAUAUACAAAUAUAUAUAUAUAUAUAUAUAUAAAAGCAAGCCUAAAAUGUUUCUAUUACUGUGAUUUGCCAGUUCAUGAAGAUCCUUUGAAAGCAAAUUAUGACAAGCAUUGAUGUUACUGUAGUUUUUGUUUUUUGUUGUUUUUUUCUCUCCAUUGAAACUAGAAUCUCAUUUUGAGUGUAUAAGUUAUACUUAUCCAUACAUUGUUACAACCAACUUUUGCCAAACUUAAAACCAAAUAGAAACAAGAAUAUUAUUUAUCCAUUUUGAUGCAUUUUACAUGUAUGUUUGUAUAUACUUGGUAACUCUGUAUAACAUAUAUCACUAUGUGCAGCUGGCAUUAGGCAGAUGUAGUUGAAUUUAAUUGAGAAAAUAAACAGCUUAAUCAGAUACACCCGGUAUUUAUUUACAUAUAAGCUUUGAAAGAAUAUCUUGUCUAUUAAAGAUCUAAUAAAGGAGACUCUUUCACUAAUCAGCUGCUCAUAUAUUAUCUUUUCAUUUGCUUACCUUCAUACAUCACUUCAUAUAAUUUAUAUACUACAUAUAUAUACACUACAUACAUUUUCUUAUUCAGGAUUCAGUGUGGGGUGGUCAUAUCAGGAGCAUAAUAUAUAUUGUUACUUUUUUGUUGUUGUUGCAAGUAGUAGAGCUUGUUGCUAUUCAUUCAGAACUUGAAGGCAGCGAGCAGGCAGGAUUGUUACUGCACUGGACAAAGUGUUCUUUGUUCUGAGUUCAGAUUCCGCUGAGGUCGACUUUGCUUUUCAUCCUUUUUGGGUUGAUGAAAUAAGUAUCAGUUGUGCCUAUUGUAGAAAGAAUUUAUUCAGAACCUGGAAAUCUGUUACUGUGACUACUCAUCAAAAUAUACAGUGAGUAACAGGAUGGUAUAACUGUAAGUUCUGUAUAAAUAUAUAUAUAUAUAUGUAUGUGUAUGCUAAAAUGCCUUAUUCUUAAAAGUUUGCUAUUUCAGCCUUUACUUGUUAUAUAAGGAACUUCAGAGUUUUAAUGUGCUAAAUUGUUGUUCAGGGUUUUUUUUUUUUUUUUAAACUUACUGAUUUCAAUGAUUAGGUGUCAUUGAGUAUAGUUCGUAUUCUUAACUGUCUGUCAUCUGCUGAAGUUGUUGCCAUGAAACUUUACAAUACCAUGGAAUUUUGAACCUGACAGUAUUGCACUGAUUUUACUGGAGGUUUAGUGAGAACAACAAUAUUGUAAUGAUGUCGUUGUUGUUAUUGGAAGCACCUGCAUUGUAUGUUUAUGUGUGUAUGUAUACAUGCACACACACAUACAUAUAUAUUUAUAUACGGAGUCUGCCAAAAACAAAAAAAAAAACAACAUAUGCACACUUUCAGGAAAGGAAAAAUCUGUACAAAUAUUCGAAUCCAGUGUUAUUGCAAUUUAUUCAGUGUUAUCACAAUUUGAUAAAACAUUGAAAGAGGGAUCUAUAUUUAUAAAGGUACUUAUAGAAGUUGAAUAUUCAUACAGAUGUUUUUCCUUUGCUGAAGUGUGUAUACAUUCAUUUGGAGAACUCUGCACACACACACGUUUUGAUUUUCAUAUUAAGAUACUUCUAUUUAUUACUUGACACAAUUACAUCCACCCAAAUGUCCUGAUUAUAUACUUCCAAAAUAAAUUAAUUUUCAUAUUUGUUUUUUAUACCAAGUUUGUUAAAAUUUGAAACUAUAUAAAACAUUCAUUUAUGUGUACUGUUUUUAUACUCUUGUGUAGAAAUGUGUUCAUUUAGCAAGAAUGUAUAUUAUACCUGUAUGUCUACUUGUGAAUAAUCCUCAAUUUAUUAUUGACCAAACUUACAAAUAUGUUUUGUUUUUCUUUUAUUUCUUUUCUGCCUGUAUGUUGGAAGUCUCAUUUCAUAUUUGGGUUCUUGUCUAAAAGAUGAACACCCAAUUCUGAAAACCAUUAUUUCCGUACUAAUAUUUACAACAUUCACUUAAGUUACACAAUAAGCUCUCACAACAAAUACCUGUCUCAAAACACCCUUCAACUUGUAUUUAUAUAGUUGUGAUACUCUGGCAUAUUUCUCUAUGGUUGUGGAUCGGUAACUAGACAUCUACUUUUCUCAGUUUCUUAAUUUAAUGUUUUUUCUUUCUGUUUUUGCAGAAGAAAAAAAUUUUUUUUUUUUUGGACCCUUUAAUUUUUAUACUCUAUACUCUGCCAGUUAAAGAUUUGAUGUCACAAGAAACCAUAUCCAAAUGUAUCUUGAGAGCUUCUGAUAUAUCUUACAUUUGUUGAGUAUUUUGCUUUCACUAACCAUUUGAGCAAGAAACUUAAAGCAAUUGGAAAGAAGUCAAAUUUAAUUAACAUUAUAACACACAUGUCCCAUUAGUAAAGCAGCAUUUUAAACCACUAAUUAAUGUGGAAUGCUGCCUUACUUGUGAGAACACCCAUAAAUAGUGUAUAUGUGUACAGAUUUUGUAUGUAAUUUGUAUAUUGCAGAAGAAAAAUUAGGUUUUUGAAUAUUUCAGUUAAUUUGACUCACUUCCCUGUUCUAAGUAUUUUAUUUCAUUACCUUCUCCACCACCCUCUUAUAUAUAAUCUCUUCUCAAAGAAAAAGAGAGAUAGAAAAUGGCUUUCUUAAGGUUUGCUUUCUACCUCAUAUUAGUUUUAAUGUUGACAAGUGAUAUUGCAGGUAUACUGAAACAUUACUGUUUUCAGGAAUUGUUUUAGUUUAUUAUUAUUAUUAUUAUUAUUAUUAUUAUUAUUAUUAUUAUUAUUAUUUCAUGUUUAAUGUAUCUGUUUGCUUUGACAGCUAUGGCUUUUUCUUUAUUUUUGUUAAUAAUUACUGCACAAGUGGGUAGGUUACUACCUGAUAUAACUGGUGUGCAGUUAUUAUAAAUUUUAUAUUUUAUUUUUUAUACUACUUUUUGUGGAUAUAUUUGAGUUGGAUAUUUUAGUUUUUUUUGUUUUUCUUUUUAAUGACUUGUUUUGAUAAUAUUAGAUGAAAAAAAAUCAGUUAGAGAAAAAAGGCUUAGAUGUAACAAAAAUAUUUUUAUACAAAUGUUUGUUUCAACUAAUCUUGAAUCAUUUGACUUGAAAUUCUAUUAAGGUAAUUCAAGAAAUUGAGAUCACAUGUAAUAAGUUUUUUCCUUCUUCUUCAUUAAACAAUAGUAAAUUACUCCUUGCACAUUGUUUAACAUGGUGCUGCAUUUGUAAGUAACAAGAACCAAAACUUUAGUUGUUAUCUUAUUUCAUCUUACCAUUUGACAAUGACUUUCUACAAAAAAUAUUACAUUUUUAUUAUCUAUUUAUAUAAUAUUGUUUUUUUUAUAUUAUAAUUGUUUCUGUUUAUACAAUAUUACACAACAUAUUUGUAUAGAUUCUUAUUCCAAAGAUAUUUAUCUCUAAAUUAAUUUUUUCAUAUCUAGAGUUCUGUUUGUCAUAUACUCAAGACUGAUUCCAUUUUUGGUAAACAUAACCUCUAAGUUCUUGACUUGGUACUAUAGAACUGAAGUAAAAAAUAAAAUUUUAUGUUUGUAUGGUAUUUUAAUUUUGUAGCUCUGUAUUAUCUAGUAGGGGUUUUGAAUAUGUAACUGGUUUAGUUGUAAAUAAUUUAAUUUUUAUUAGGAGAAUAUUGCUAUCUAAUGACAUCACUGUUACAAAAAGACCUAAUUUUUAUAUUCAUUUCCCAACUGAAAUAUAUGAAAUCAACUUAAAAAAAAUUUCUUAAAAACCACCCCAGUUACUGAUACAAGAAGCAACAGUUGUUUGUAGUCUUCAACAAAAAUGUACCACUUUUAACAAGAUUAAUAGAAUAAAACAAAUUAUUUUCAAAAAUUUCAUAUCCAACAACAGAUAUCUUAGAAAUUUUCUUUUUCCUUUUUUUGUGAAUUAACCAACCAACUGAAAUCAUUUCUAGUUGUAUUACAUAAAAUAUCUAUUUUCUCUUUUUAUAAAUAAAUAUAUAUUUCAUUUUGCAGUU